AGGAAAAGCAUGGCAGAAGCAGUGUCUCCACAAAAAAGACUGUUGUCACAAGAACACACCGAGGGAGUUGUCAAGAAAAGCAAGGCAGACUCUCCCAACUCCUCACUGAAUAGCGAAUAUCUUCAAAGCAAGCUGUCCUCUGUCAUUAAUCAGCUCAAUCAGGAUAGAGAAAAUGAUCAGACUGUUAUUGAUGAGAUGAAAACGAGAUACGAGGAACUGUGCGCCAGUCAGAUGGACCGCCUUAAUGACAAGUUACAAACCGCAUAUAAAGACAGUGAAGAUCCAGUAAAUCAGAGGAUUGAGAUACUGAACAGCCGCUUUGAGACUAUCAGACAACUAGAAGCUGAUAUCGACCAGUUCAAGACAAUGUUGGGAAAGCUUCACAGUGACCUCGCUGUGUAGAAAAAUUAUACAUGGGGGAUCACAUUGCUGCCAUCGCUAUUUAUCAUCAUGAACAUUCCAAAAAGCUGAUGUUAAGAAUGGUUGUGACCUUCUUUCUCUUCUAGAUUCCCGCUUUUUGGCUUCGAUGUUUUGACUGUUUCGUUGAAUGUUAUUAGAAGUAAAGUAUUCUUGUGGCAUGCGCAUGGCUUCAGAAAUAUUAUGGGGCAUGCGCUGACCCAAACUCUGGAUAAGAAUUACAUGUUAAUUAUUUCGACAGUGAAUUUCAUGCCGAUAGUUGGGUUAUCUUAAAAUCGAGGUUGCACAAAUUAAUUUUGUACAUUAUUUCUAAAUUAUUUGCUAAUUCGUUAUUUCUAAUUUUUCAUAUAACAUUGUAUAUUUUGAACUGUGUUACAAAAGAAAGUUCAACAAUAAUUUUAAUUUGUAUCUGUUAUUUCAUUUUGAAACAGAAUUUUUCUAUGAAUCUAUUUUAAGAAUGUAUUUCUAAAUUGUUAAUUUAUUUCUAAAUAAUUAUGAACAGAAAUUACGAAGUUUCAUUGUGUCUAAAUUGCAACUUUUCCUUUAACUGUUCUUUACUGCUCAUUUACCUAGCAUUACAUCUACCAGUUUUAAGUUAUUUAAUGAUUCAUCUUACACCUCCGUUAAUUUAUUAACUAAUCAGCUAAUUAAAUAAGUGCACUAUGUGAAGAUGAGCAGCAGCUAUUGGUUAGACGAUAUAAUCCUCCCUAAAAAGGGAAAAGAAGUGAAACCAGCUGAGUAUGCUUUCUCAACAGACACUGUCAUUCUCAAUGAGGCGGAUCAAAAGAGCUACAUGUUAGAUUGUGAUGAGAGCACUACAUUACAACUACAAAUAGAAACAGCAGAAGGGCCCCGUGUUAUACCAAUAUCUGGCCAACACAUCAUCACUACAGCUGAUGGCCAGCAGUUCCUUUCAGGAGGAGUAUUACCAGAGGAACAGCCAGGUUACCUUCACACGGUUGAAGGAGGACAGACGUUCAUCCUCAGCACCGAACAAGGAGGACAGCAAAUAUACCAAGACAGUUCGGGGCAGCAAUAUAUUAUCUGCGAUGUCGCUAGUACAGAACAAACGCAGCCAGCAGCACCGAUACAAUCUACAGAGGAUGGAUACACUAACAUCGAUAGUUUUAUAUCUAAAGCAGAUCCACAGACUGACAACUCCAAACCUCUUGUUAAACUGCCAAGCGGACAAGAUGGAGAAUAUAUUACUUACGAGGUAGACUGUCAGCUGGAAGAAGGUUCAGAACCUCUGACAGAUAAGAACAUUCUAGAUCAAGACAAGCUAGCUAACUUACUAAACGUGUUGCAGACUGGUGAACAUGGUCAGGCUCUGUCUAACGCUGAUCUCUUCAUACUGGCACCUCCUGAACAUCAGCAGAACGAAAGCAUCGUACCGGACUUCAACAAACCAGAGAAGAACCAAUACAGUGCGGAUACAGGUGACAUCAUCACAAACUUAAAACCAGAAGCUGAAGCCAUGGCCCCCACAAAAUAUGUGGCUGUCAAGAUGAAAAAAAGUGAUUUGACUGUGAAUAACGGCGCUGCUGCUACCAGCAGUAAUAAAUCAAGUGACAAGGAGUGUGUCAUAAAGAACAGCCACAAGAAAAGUAACCGGAAGAUAACAGAUUACAGUGAUGGAUUUGUCAAAACUCGACCAGCAGAAGACACUAAAGCGGAUUGGGAGUAUUCGGUUUGGUCAGGGGCCGGAGCUCAGCCAGCACCCUCAGUCAAGAGAAAACGUGGUGCUCCGAAGAAAGAAAGAAGUGACGUGAAACAAAGCAAACUUGAACAGACGACAUUGGACGUGGGCCAGAAAGUGGAGCCUACACAGUGUACCCAGUGUGGAAUGGUGUACAAUCACACUGUUGCUGACGACGAACAGAAUCACAACAAGUACCACAAGAGAUUCCUGAAAGCUAGCUCGUUUUCCGGCUGGAAAACGGAGCGGGUGGUAGAAGAGUAUCACGACGGUAGAAUAAUCCUGGUUAAUCAGCAUGAUCCAAAAUCUCACGUUAAAAAGAUGGAAGAAGUCAGAGAGGUAGUCGACAUUGACCUGGGUAUAACGGACAGGAACCAACCUCCUGUACCAGGAAAAGAGCUACAGGCGUUCCUCUACAUCUCCAACGCUAAUAAAGUUAUCGCUUCCGCUUUUGUGGAACAUAUCGAGAAGGGUUACCCCUGCGUGUCUGCACAUGAAACUGAUGAUUCUGGUAAAGCACCAUUACUCAAAUCGGACGACGCUCCAAUGAAAGCUGUGUGCGGUAUCAGUCGACUUUGGGUCUUCAAGCAGUGUAGGAGAAAGAAAAUCGCUUCUAGACUAAUGGACUGUGUCAGGGCAAACUUUGUGUUCGGUUGCACGAUAUCCAAAGUGAAGAUCGCGUUUAGUGACCCUACAGAGAACGGCAGACUAUUCGCUCAGACAUACUGCGGCACUGCCAACUUCCUUAUCUACAGAUGAUCUGAAAUAGUCUUUAAAGGAUCUGGAUAUUACACGUGAUUGUUUUCCUAUGCAAUCCAAGACACUAGAGUUAUUCCUGUGAUCGAUGCUAAAACGAAACUUGACUGUGCAACAGUUGGUUAUGGAGUACCUGCAAAUUGUUUUCGACCUUUCAAUUUGAUCACUACUGUCAUUAAUUCACUAUCUCUUAAAUUAACUGUUGCUUUAAUCAGGUUUUCAGCAUUUUAUCUUCGGAGUUUAACCCCCAUCACCAAUGUAUUAUGUUCAAUGGGUUUUCUUCAACCAUAUCGCUCAAGUUGUUGAAGUUGGUGAGCGGAACAAAAAGCAUGUUAAUUCGGACUACUUCUUUAUUCAAAGUGUAUAACGAGUUGAGUAUUUAUAAUUAAAUUGUAUUGCUAUUGUGUAAAAGUAUUAGUUACUCAGUUAACUAUUAUUGAAGUUUAA